CAACCGACAGAAAUCGAUCUGAACCGACUGCAAGCGAAUUGAGUCGACAACGCGGUAUGCCAUUGAGAAAAAAGCAAUCCGGAAAAAAGCAAAGAUCUGUCACAGCUUUCUUUUAAAUAGCAAGAAAUGUAAGUAGACAAAAAAAAUCUAUACAGGUUUAACCUAUACCAAUUAAGCCGACGAUAACGAUUUCAUCUAAGUUUGAUCUAACGUGUCUGUCAAUAAAUCUAUGAUUGUGUUUUUACGUAAUGUGUAACAUUACAGUAUACUGGAGUUCACUAAAUUUAAACUUGCAACACAUUAUAGAGAAGGCUAUCUGUUGUUUAUGUUAUUGGCCAUUUGUGGGUGAUUGGCCACUCCAUACCAGUCAACAAAAUAACGUUGUAUGUAUGUUGGCCAGUGUCUGUCAAAAUAUUUAGCAUGACUACUAGUUAAGCUCAAAAGUUGGAACCAAACCAGCAAACAGAAUGCGCAAGUCACAAAUGCUCACUGUUUGGUUCCCCCCCUUCAAAAAUAUCUGUUGUGCCCCUGCCAUUGGAAAAUGGUGAAGGAACAGCCAAUGCACAGGCAUUGUUUUCUGUUUUAUAACACCCUGCAGUUUACAGAAGCCAAAGGUUACUCGGUGGAUAAAGGGCAUUUCCUGCCAUUUUCUGGCCAAGUUAAGCAGGCUGGGCUCACGGUCCCGUUGUGUAACAUGUCUGCUUCUGCCAGGGUGAUAGUCAUUGGGGCAGGGUUAGCCGGUUUGGCUGCUGCAGCCACGUUGUGUAAGGCCGGCUUUCAGCACGUGCUCAUCCUUGAAGCCACGGAAAAGCCGGGGGGUCGCAUUGACACCACCCGACCCUUUGGUUCUGACAUAAUCGAGCUGGGGGCAAACUGGAUCCAUGGGCGGAAAGGCAACCCACUGUACACCCUGGCAAGGGAGCAUGGCCUUCUUCAUGAGGUGGCUGGUGCCAGCACCAUGUGCCUGCCCAACUCUGUCACCCCUGAUGAUUACUUCUUCAGGGAGGACGGGCAGAGGUUGCACCCCAGUGACGUGGAGCAGGUAUGUGCCCUCUUUGGUAGGCUGACUGCCAGGGCCUUCAAUGGCGAGCUGGAGGGCAGAUACCUGUCUGGGAGCCUGGGUCAUUACCUGGAUGAGGCGUUUGCUGAGGUAUUCCCAGACCUGACCCAGGAGACCAGGGAGGUCUUCGAGUGGUGCAAGAGGAGUGAGUGUACAGAUGAGGCCAGCUCCUCCCUCUAUGAGGUGUCUGCCUCCCAGAUAAGCCAUUACGUUGCCCUGGAGGGGGGUUUCUUCAACACUCUUGGAACCAGCGGCUACCAGGCUCUGCUGGAUGUCCUGCUGAAGUGCUUCCCCCAGGGGGCGUUGGUUUGCAACAAGCCAGUGCAGCAUGUCCGGUGGACCAUGGACAGCGCUGGCCAGCAUGGCAAGGAAUCCCAACCUGUAAAGUUGGUUUGUGAGGACGGCCAGGAAUACGAAGCGGACCACGUGAUCAUGACUGCGUCACUGGGCUUCCUCCAGGAGAGGGCGGCGGACAUGUUUGAGCCUGCCCUGCCCAACUCGAAGGCCGGCGCCAUAGAGAAGCUGGGCUUUGGCACUGUGGACAAGAUCUUCCUGAAGUUUGAUGAGCGCUUCUGGCCAGACGAUUGUGCCGGGAUACAGUUGGUGUGGAAGCACGGCCCCGAGGAACCCAGGUGUCAGGAGGGGCUGACACAGGAGGGCGAUCCAUUCAAGACUUGGUACAAGAAGAUCUGUGGCUUUGAUGUGGUGGCCCGCCACCCUACAGUGUUGUGUGGCUGGAUCACGGGGCAGGAGGCUGAGCACAUGGAGACUCUGGGUGACGAGGAGGUUGGGGACAUCUGUGUGAGCUUGCUCAGGACCUUCACCUCUUGGCCAGUACCCAAGCCGAGCCGGGUCCUCCUGUCUAGGUGGCGGUGCCACCCCUUUGUGCGGGGCUCCUAUACUUACGUGCCAUGCGGUGUGGAUGCUGUUCAUGAACACCAGGCCUUGGCAGAACCACUGCCCCUAAACCCCGUCCAUGCAGAAGUGAAGCCACUCCAGGUUCUGUUUGCGGGUGAAGCCACUCACAUAAACUUUUACACCACCACCCACGGUGCCUACAUCACUGGUGUGAGGGAGGCUCAGAGACUCAUCGAUCAUUAUGCAACACAGUGACCUGUCGUAUAAGACAAGGUGGAGGACAGUUACUGCAUGCGAUCUUUGAUGUCUGUUGGAUUCAAUUACACUUUUCCUUCAAAAGGAGCUUCACAGCUCCACAUGGUAUACCACCUUCAGAUGUUCCAUGUGUUCUUUUUAAUUUCCACCAGGAUGUGCAAUUUUGAUUGGCCACUUGGGGAGGGCCUAGUUAGCAGGCCACAUGACCUCAGAGUGUCCAUCCAUGGCAUGGGGUUAGGCCCAAAAUUACAGCUAAUUGCUGAUUAAAGCUGAGUGCCGACUAGUGGUAUGUACACUUACACAAAUACAUUGGCUUAUUAAAUAAAUUUAUCAAUUAUUUUCUGAA